AUGGGAAGCUCUUACAAGGCAUUUUACGGCGGUGUGGUUGCAGCACUUGGCAAGGUCGUCAUUGUCACAAUCUCCUACCGCCUAGGUGUUUUUGGCUUUUUAAGGCAACCUUCAAGCAGCUUUCAUCAUUCAAACAUAGGACUACUCGAUCAAAUUGCCGCAAUUGAAUACGUCAAUACGCAUAUUCACUCUUUUGGCGGUAAUGCGGCAAGCAUCACCCUACAAGGCCAAUCUGCUGGUGCCAUUUCCAUUGGUUUGCUGAUGUUGUCGCCACUCAGCAAUCGACUGUUUCAGCGCGUUAUCCUCCAGAGUGCUAGUCCGAUGAUGCCUAAGCAACUGUUUGAAGGGCAACACUACGAUCGAUUAAUGGACAUUACAAACUGCACUCAGUUUGCAUUAGAAAGUGAAAUCGAGUUUAAUGAAGGUGACAACGAAGAAAAGCGAAGUGGUGAAUCCGGAAACAGCUCUACUUACUUAAAUGAUCUGGAGAUUCAGUGUUUGGAAAACAUGCCAGCUACAGUUUUGAAUAAUAUUCAAGCCGCAAUGGUUGAAGAGAACGCUUUUAGCUUUGGUCCUGCUAUUCCUAGUCCACUUUUUCCUGAUUUUCCUUUGGAGUUUUUAAAACAAGUUUCAAAAAUAUCAAAGAAAAGCAUUCUUUUAGGUGCAAACCAAAAUGAAGGACCUGUACUAAAGUUUGCCAAAACCUGGUCAGAAACCUCUAACAGCGACCAAGUGUUUCUUUACUUGUUUAAUCAAAGCGAAUCACAUUACCCAUCUUGGGUUGGUUCAUCUCAUUGGAUAGAAAUGGACUUUGUUUUUGGAAUUCCACUACAAGAAAAAGAACGGUUUUCCAAAGAAGAACAAGAGCUUAGCUCUCGAAUGAUUCAAACUUGGACACAUUUUGCUAAAACUGGGUAA